CGUGUCAUAUCGAGCAAAGACGAUCGGAAGUAGCGAUGGAUCGUAGGUACAGUUUCUACCCGGUUGAACAAGAUCGCGGCUACGGGGAUGGUAUCAACACGGACGAAAUAGAUGAGAAAAACACAGGAUCGAUCGAUGAGAUUCUGCUAUGGGAUUCCUUCAAGUGUGUCGACCCGGAGCCGAACACCGGCUCGAUGGCGGAGAAGCGAUGGUACGAGAUUAUGCUACGUAUCAUAAAAGCGUUCCUCUAUGGUUUCCUAUGCCUUGCGAUCCUCGCCGGCUGCAUUAUCACGAAGGGCGCUGCACUCUUCGCCACUUCGCAGCUGCGGAAGAGGACUGUGCCGUUCUGCGAGUAUUAUCCCGGUCGAACGUUUCGCGAGCAGAACAGAUACGAGGCACAGACGUCGGACGAGGCUCGGUCGUCCUGGGUUUGGUGCAUAAUCAUAGCGUUCUCGAUACCGGAGCUGAUGAACUUCAUGCGCUUCCUUUGGAAUUGUUUCUUCAUCAACUGGUCUUUGCCGAGACCCCGUAAUAUCUUCAUACUAACGUGCUUGGAGGCUUUGCACGUGACGGGAGUGCUGCUGCUGUUUUUCGUAGUUUUGCCAAACUUGGACGCGGUUCAAGGCGCCGUCACGUUCAGCUGCGCCUGCCUCGUCCCUUCGAUUUUAGGUGAUAAGGUAACGGUCAACGUCCGUCGUCCUGGCGGCCUGGCGUACGGCGACAUUUUAGCUAUGCUCGCUCAAAUCGGCGGCAUCGCGUCCUUCACUUUGAUCGCCGAGCCGCCAAACAACGCGUACGCGGCCUGGCUGACCCCGAUAGCUUUGAUAUUGUCGUCGCUACGAUGGUGGGGAAAUUACGUAUCGAAGGAAAGUCAGUUCGGUUUCGUCGUCGCGCUCGCAACCGUACGGAGAAACUUGCAGGCGUACAGAGCAGUUUUGAUCGGCUACACGUCAGUGAUACGAGUAUUCGCAUUUAUAUUCGGAGCACUUUUGAUUAAUUCGGUUCAGGGAAUGCGACCUGCCGACUUCUUUCAUGGAUUUUGGAUGGACAGCUACAAUUUCACAUUGACUUUGGUGAAAGAUGGGAUGGAAGAGGGCUCGGGCGUGAUUCAGCCGGCAAACCUAAUUCUGUCGAUCGUCGGUAAUCGAUGGGUCCCACUUAACGUCGCUCUGAUACACGCUGGUGCCGGAUUCUUCGUCUACAGCUGCAGCAAAUUUGCUUGCAAAACGUUAAUGCAAGGCAUCGGGUUCGCGCUGCCCUUGAACGUAGCAGUUGCCGGCACGGUAAUUAGCCUCUGGGUUGUAUCUUACCUGCGCGCUUGGGACGAGUGCUAUUUUCACAAGGACAACGCGGAAGCACAGGCACUCGACUACUUAUUCUUUUAUGCACCUACUAUCAAGAAUUACGAAGCUCAUUGGUACGCCUGGAUUUGGUUGAUUUGGACUUUAUCGCAAGCUUGGAUUACUAUGCACGUCUGGUAUACAAGGAACGAAAGACUCGCUACUACCAGCAAGAUCUUUGUCGUGUUUUCUUACGACGCGCUCAUGAUCGAUCAAUCGCUGGCGCUUAGUAGGUGGAGAGAGGAAGCCGACGACGAUGAUUACGUCGAACGAAAGGAAGACGACAUAGAAAGAAACGACGACGCGUAUCGUGGCAAAGAGGACAUACUGAAGGAGGAUCAAACGACGCGAAUUUACGCGUGUGCGACAAUGUGGCACGAAACGACCGAGGAAAUGACCGAUUUUCUCAAUAGCAUUCUACGAUUGGACAAGGAUCAAUGCAUAAUGCGUACGAUGAAAAGCUACGAUCCCAAAGCCAAUCUACCCGAUUAUUACGAGCUCGAAGUCCACGUAUUCUUCGACGAUGCGUUCCGGUGCGUGCACGGCUGCAGCCGACGUUGCACCCACGACGAGAGCAUGACUCUGGUGAACGACUACGUGGGAGAUUUCGUGAGGUGCGUCGAGAAGUGCGUGCGAGCGCGCAACUUCAAGGCUUCGCCGCCGGUGAAGUAUCCGACCCCGUACGGCGGCAGACUUGUGUGGACCUUGCCCGAGCAGACGAAAAUGUACGUGCAUCUGAAGGACAAGAACAGGAUUCGCGCGAGGAAACGGUGGAGUCAGGUCAUGUACAUGUACUACUUGCUCGGCUACCGACUGAUGGCGGAAGACAUCAGCGUGUCGCGAAAGGAGGUGAUCGCCGAGAACACCUACCUGCUGACGCUCGACGGCGACAUUGAUUUCCGGCCGAGCGCGGUGAGGACGCUCGUCGACAGGAUGAAGGUCAACAGAGACGUGGGAUCGGCCUGCGGCAGGAUUCAUCCGUUGGGCAAAGGUCCGCUGGUUUGGUUCCAAAAGUUCGAGUACGCGAUCGGCCACUGGCUGCAAAAGUCGACGGAGCACACGAUCGGCUGCGUGCUCUGCAGUCCCGGUUGCUUCGCCUUGUUUCGCGCCAAGGCGCUCAUGGAGAACAACGUCAUGAGGAAGUACGCCACCGUGGCCGAGGAGGCACGGCACUUCAUUCAGUACGACCAAGGCGAGGACCGCUGGCUCUGCACUCUCAUUCUGCAGUGCGGCUACAAGGUGGAGUACUCGGCGGCAAGCGACGCCUUCACUCACGCCCCGGAGAAAUUCAACGAGUUCUUCAUUCAGAGACGACGAUGGAUACCAUCUACAGUUGCCAAUAUAUUCGACCUGCUCGAAACUGCCGCGGACACCAAAAAGAACAAUCGCGACAUCUCCUGGCUUUACAUCCUCUACCAAUGGGUCUUGAUGGGUAGUACAAUUUUAGGACCGGGCACGAUAUUCCUCAUGCUCGUCGGUGCGUUCGUUGCUGCGUUUGGAAUUGACAACUACACGAGUUUUGUGUACAAUAUCGUACCGAUUUUGAUAUUCUGCUCUGUCUGCUACUUUACCAAGGAACAAACGCAGCUAGUAGUGGCAGGAAUAAUCACGGCGAUCUAUGGACUAGUGAUGAUAGUCGUACUCGUGGGUAUAAUGCUACAAAUAACGGAGGACGGUUGGCUUGCACCGUCCACUCUAUUCUUCUUUCUUGUCGCCGGCGAACUUCUUAUCACUGGCCUAUUACAUCCGCUCGAGUGGAGUUGCCUGUUAUACGGCUUCGUUUACUACGUUACCGUGCCGUCGAUGUACGUGUUGCUUGUGAUAUUCUCGCUUUUCAACAUGAAUAACAUCAGCUGGGGAACGAGAGAAGUCCCGAAAGUCGAAGUUAUUACGGAGGAGCAGCAAGCCGCGACGGCUACGAGCGCUUCGAAAAGUUUGCUCUCCAAGGACGCAAAGAACGAGAAAGGGCCAAUCGAGUUUUCCGUCGCUGGCUUGUUCAAGUGCAUCUUGUGCGCUCAGGACAUUCCUCGAGAGAACGACAAGGAACUCAAGGAAAUCGCGUCGGCACUGUCGAGAAUCGACGCGCGACUGAACGACAUGGAGAGAAACAUCAACAGUUCGAGUAGUGGACUGCGAUCGGCGCGAGAUUUGAGUCGCGACGAGGCGUCAAAUCCAGCUGCCGGUCGCACAACCCAUUCGGUGAAUUUCGCCGAGAAGCUCGAGGAGACGAUCGAUGACGACAGCAACGCGAAUUCGGAUACCGAUGACGACGACGAGGUAGCGAGCAGUGACGAUGAACAAUCCGCUCGCGAGAACGAUAAUUUCCUCGUCUCGCCGAAUUGGCUGAGAAGCAAGGGUUUGGGAAAAGGCGAGGUGGAAUUUUUGUCGUCGGAAGAGGAAAUUUUUUGGAAGAAGUUCAUCGAGACUUAUUUGGAUCCUAUUGAUAAGGACGAGAAACGAGAGGCAGAUAUAAAUCGGCGAAUCACGGAACUGAGGGAUCAGUAUAUUUUUAAAUUCUUCAUGAUCAACUCGCUGUUCGUUCUGAGCGUGUUUUUAUUACAAUUGAACAAAGACGUGCUGUACUUGGAAUGGCCACUCGGAGUCAAGUAUAACAUUACUUACCAUGACCUGGAGGUAAGCGUUCACGUCGUUGAAGAGCAUUUGCAUCUGGAACCCAUUGGAUUCAUGUUCAUUCUGUUGUUCGUCAGUAUUUUAGCCGUGCAAUUCAUAGCGAUGCUGCUCCAUCGCUUCGAAACUUUCUCUCACAUCAUGGCCAAAGUUAGGUUGAGUUGCGACUGCUGGAACAAGGCCGCCGAUCUUUCGGAGGAGGCGAUACACGAGCGGCAGGCGUUGAAAAUCCGAAAAAUCUUCGAAAGGAAACUCAACAGCGACGCCAGGCCUGCCGGUUCGAGUAACAAAGUCCCGCCGAGGAAACGACGUACUGUGCAUUUCCUGCACGCCGACAACGAGCGACGUCAAACUUAUGCUCGACCGUUCAGCACGUCGAUCAAAGAAACUUUACACAAUGUUGGAGAAACGAAAAAUAUUGCUGACAUGUCGCGCAAAAUUGAGCGGACGAUCCGUGCGAGUAGAUCGCAACAGAGAGAAAAGUCCAUGUCGAGCGGUAGUGCUGCAGAUUCACUCAAGCAGAAACAGCGAAAACAUAUUGCGGGAUACGAUAAUAAGGGUUACUUAUAUGAACACCAGGAGACUGAGAUAAAAAUGUAAAUCUACACAUGUUUGUCUUUUUUCUUUUUUU